UUCCGUGCACGUUGACCGAGGUUGACCGUUGACCGUUGACCGAAGGGGUCAAAAGUUGACUUUUUGACUCGGUGAGAAUUUUGAGUUGACUAAGGUACCGUGGCGAAGUGCACGAUGCCAUGAGUUCGUAGACUGGUAGCACGUCGAAAACGGAGCUACGGUUUGAAAGUUAUGGACGAAACAAGUUGCGGUCCAAAUUGUCCAAGGGGUGCCGGAGUUGACUUUUUAUUCAUGCAAGGUUGAGCGUUGACUCAUGCAUGGUUGUGAAGUGCUCAUCGAUACGAGUCUGUAGACUAGCGGUACGUCCGAUUUGGACAUGUGGUUUGAAAGUUAUGGAUCUGUAAAGUUUUUCAAAUACCGUAUUAUUUUAAUAUUAUUUUUACACACAUAACGAUGUGGCACGUGUGACUCAAUGAAGGUGGCCAUGUGUCACCAUGAUGAAAAGCCACAUGUCAACCAUGUUUAAAAAUCAAAUUAUUUUUAUUAUUAUUUUAAAUAAUAAUAUUUUUUUUUAUUUAAUUAUUAUUAUUUUUCCUUUUUCCUUUUUCUUUUUCUUUUCCUUUUUCUUUUCUUUUUCUUUUUCUUUUUCUUUUCUUUUCCCCACGUGGGAAAACACCAAUCCUUUCUUUUUCUUUUUCUUUUUCUUUUUUUUUCUUUUUUCCUUCUUCUUCCCCGAAAUACACACACACACACGCAGCUUUUCUUUCUUCUCUCCCGACCGUCCCUCUCUCUCCCGUGUUUUUGAAUUCCGGCCACCCAUAGCCCUCACGCGCCAGCCACCAAGGAAGCCCGCCACCUCGCGAGCUUGGCCGCCAAGUUUCACGGCCAGCCGCCGCCGGACGCGCGCCGAUCGGGCCGGAGAAGCCGCCGGCCGGCCAAGUUUCUCUCUCCUCUUUUCUUGUGUUUUCCGGCCAGCCCACUCCCAAUUGAGCCUCCUAUCCCCCUAUUUUGGGUCCUCUGAAUCCAAAAAUGGCCUCCAAUCUCAAAAAUUCGAAGCGGUUUGCGAGAUAUGGAGAAGUGAACACCGGCCGAACCUUUCCGGCAAAAUUCCGGCCACCCCCGGCGGAAUUGGGGUCGACGGAGACCGGAUUGGUGAUCCUCGUUCCACGAGCUUCGAUUCGGAGCACUGGUGAGUCGUAGAAUUGAUCCCGUAGUGGAUCAUGGGUUAAUUGCGUGCUCCAGGUUCCAGGUUGUCGGUGUUCAUUCGGAUCGGACUUGAUCUUCCUCGCUGUUUUACUUCGUGAAGUACCCUGUUCUUCUUUAUUGCGGUUGUACUAUUUCUUUCAUUCUUGUUGUAUUUAUUUUGCACUGGAUUACUGUAUUUUUGUUUUGAAGUGCUGGAAUUUGUGGAACCAAUUUGUAGUUUGUGGGAGGAAUAAGGGGAUAUUUUUGAAGUGUGUUUUCAGUGCAGGUAAAUUUGUGGUAAGUAAAUCCCUUAGGGGAGGUGCUGCCGGAUUUUCCGUUGGAAGGUUCGGUGGUAUUUUCCUGGGAUCAGGGCUGUCUAGGGUUCCGGAGGAGGAAUUCUGGACGGGUCCUGACAGUUGGUAUCAGAGCUCUAGGUUCUAGUAUUCCGAAGGGACUGUGCAUUGUUGUGUGUCCCAUCCAUGUCUAGUCUCUCGUUUUACCCGCGUGGAAGCGUUCUUUCUGUUUGUCUCGAAGUAAAUUCGUUGCCCGAGUUUGAAUAACUCUAAUCUUCGAGGGUGUCAAUUAGGAUCAUCUAGCCUAACGGGAAAUUCCUAUGGCCUAGUCGAUGGUCGAGGAUGCCUUUUCUUUUUGAAGGUCAAGCUUAUCAUCGUGAAUGGUAUCCGUUUCGUUCAUGGAGAAGAAGGAUGAUUGCCUAAGGAUGUGUGUCGAUCGAUUUCAAGGCGUCAAAAUAUUUUCCCGAUCGAUUAUCAAAAUUUAAAUGCUUUUCAAAGUGGUAUUUGAAAUUAAAGGUGUUUUAUUCAAGUAUUUUUGGUUUGUGCUCGUACAUGUAUCUGUAUGUUAUAUUGUUGAUAUUAUACUGCACCAUAUGGAGGCGGCGAACCAAUGUGGUCCAUGUAGAGCUAGCCCCAUGAUCAUGUUGCCUACGAGCCCAGGGAAUUGGACGGCCAAUAUAGGCAACCACCCUGGUUUGUAUUGGUAGCAGAGUGUCGGCGACAGUUGGAAUCAUGGAUUACGUAACAUGUAGAAGGUGUCGUACGUACCUCCAUUACAAGCGUGCAUAUUUUAUUUUAUGCUAUGGAUUUUAAGAUAUGAUUUUCAAUGUGGAGUUUUAACAACUGCCUAUGCAAGUUAGGUAUAUUUGAAAAAUAUAUUUUAUUAUUUGUUUUAUGUUAUGGUUUUUUCAAGAGCGACUUAAGGGUUAAGUAUUGCCAGUCGAGAAUCCAAAGAAGGGUAUCGUUGAGUUCAAAAAGGAGAUCUUAAAGGAAGUACGCGAUUCAAAGUAUGCGAUACCCCCCAAGGGUAUAAAGACGUAUGGAAUGCUCACUGGAUGACAUGGUGGUUUGGCACGAUAAAGGAAGUUGCAAGAUCCGAAUAAAGGUACUUAAGUCACCGACAAGUAAAGUAGGGAGAUGUAAAUAUGGAUUUCGUGCUUAAACUAUCGUUCACAAAGAGAAGGUACGACAGCGUUUAGAGAAUCAAGCAAGCUCCGGAUAGCGACUAAAGUUCUACUUGGUGGUUGAUGAGGUUAAUGAGAUGAGGAUGAUUCCUUAGGCAUGGUUGGAUGUUUAAGCAUGGUUAUUUUCAUUCUAGAAGCUAAGAUCUUGAUAUCUUAUUUCCUUGGAGAUUUAAGGUUCGUAUUGGUGGUGCUUUAUCGAUUCAAGGUGGUUGAUAUUGUUGGUGAUAAUUUACAAUGAUAAGGAGUAUGAUUUUUGGGACGUAGUUAGAAUUUAAGAAGUGUGGAAUACUUUAUUGGGUUAAGGAUCUAGUGAUUUGUUCAUAGUAUUGGUGGUGAUGCUAGAAUUAAGAUUUAAAUUUCUUAUUGCUUGAGGUGUGGAUUCAUGGAAUUUAUUUGAAAUGGGGAAAACUUAGGGUUUUCAAGAAUGGUAUUUAGAUGUUGAGAAUUUUAUUCAUGACCUUGAUGAAUUUAGUUAAAAGAAAGAUUGAUGUUUGUCGAGGUUAAGAUUAUUGGUUAAUCAAUGAGGAGCAAGGGUUUUAUAAUUGUAAGUACUAGGAGGGUAAUCGAAGACAAGUGAAUUAAUCUCAACCUUAACUUGGUGAUACCAGUAUUUGAGGAAAUUAGACUUAAGUUCUAAUCUUACCUUUUAAAGUGCUGAUCGAGUCACGAGAGUUGGUUGUUGGUUUAAGGAUGCAUGCUUUAGAAGCACCUUAUGGUUAGCGUUCGACUAUGACCAAGACUUGCAGAUCGUGUUCUCGUGGACCAAUUUGACUAUCCUUAAUUAGUGGGCAUGAGAAGGAAAGUUGCACAAGAGGGAAGUUAAAGUCACUAUUAGGCGAAUGUAGUGGCAGAUGCUUUGAGUAGGAAGGCUACUGGAUCCCUUGCUCACAUCCAAGUCAUCCAACUACCUCUCAUGGUGGAGUUGAAGAAGAUGGGGGUGUUAGUGCAUAUGCAUCCUUCAGGAGUUCUCAUGGCUAGCUUCCAGGUACGACCGGUGUUGGUGGAUCGUAUAGUAGAGACCCAAAUGGAAGAUUCUAAGUUGAGGACAAUUAAGGGCAAGGUACAAGAAGGUCUUGAUCCGGAAUUUUCCAUAAGGAGGAUGGAGCCCUCGUGUAUAAAGGACGACUUUGUGUUCCGGAUACCCCAGGACUCAAGAAGGAGAUUUUAGAGGAGGCGCACAGCUCGAUGUAUGCGAUGCAUCCUGGGAGUACCAAGAUGUACCGGACGCUUGUUAAGUAUUAUUGGUGGAUUGGUAUGAAGAGAGAAGUGGCAGACUUCGUAUCAAAGUGUUUGAUUUGUCAACAAGUGAAAGCAGAAAGACAGAAGCCUUUGGGACUACUCCAAUCUUUACCGAUUCCCGUGUGGAAGUGGGAAGAACUCAACAUGGACUUCGUAUUCAAGCUUCCUUCCACACCUAGAAGGUACGCGGCAUUUGGGUAAUCAUUGAUCGUCUCACCAAGUCGGCACACUUCCUACCGGUACGAGAACAUUUUUCACCCGAGAAGUUAGCCCAGUUGUUCGUGCAAGGCAUACGUGAGAUCAGUUCAAGAUGGCCUUCUCUACUGAGUUUUGUCCUCCUGCCUACCGUGAAGCAAGAAGGAGAGAGUUCGAGGAACUACGACAGGGGAACAUGACGGUGACAAAGUACGAGAGGAGAUUCCGAGAACUAUCAGAAUUCUACAUGCACCUAAUUCCCGACGAUCACACAAAGAAGGUGAGGUUCAUAGACGGAUUGAAAGAGAGUAUCGGCUACACCCUUUCUGGAUCAGUACAUCCCACCUAUCAGUCCGCCAGGGAUGCAGCGCUCGAGCUAGAGAGACAGGAGAAGAUACACAGACCCUCGAGGCGCAGAUCAUUCGAAGGUUCGUAUAGCGGAGUACCUCGACAAGGGGCAGCUAAGAAGAGCCAUAGCUCAGGCUCAGACAGUGAUGGGUUAAGCCCACGAGGCAGAUUCCAGAGGAGAGAUAGUUAUCGCAUGCCCCAGCCAGCUCGCCAUUCGAUCAGUGUGGAUGCAAGCUCGUAUCAGCAGUCACGCAUUGGUUCUCCGCGGAUUUGUCCACUUUGUAGGGGGAAUCAUUCUGGGCAGUGUCAGAUGGAUGGUUUAUGCUUUCGGUGUGGGCAGCCAGGUCACAUAAGGAGGGAUUGCCCUUAUGGUAGCGGCAGUGUGCUAGAAGUAGGUCGACGGACACAGCAUACGGGGAUAUUUCCAGGACAGAGUUCCCAGGGGAGUCAGCCAGUAGGAGUUUCUUCGGGAUCAGUCCAGCCGUCUGCAGGAUCGAGUCGAGGUAGAGGAAGGAGACCCCAGCAGACAAGUCAAGGCCGGGUGUUUGCUAUGACGCAGCAGGGAGCCAGGACUACGCCCGACGAUUUCACAGAUCAAGUGAUGGAAGCAGACCUGAUCCUGUUGGAUCUAUCCGGACUUGAAGUAGUGUUGGGCAUGGAUUGGUUGGCAAGGAACUACUUAGUCGAGGAAGCGACAUGGGAUCCCGAAGUGCAGGUGUGUGAUCAGAACCCUUGUUUGUUCCAGUGACGCGCGGAAAUUUCGAGGACGAAAUUUUUGUAAGGGGGGAAGGCUGUAACACCCCGUCCCAAAUCGCACCGGAUUCCGUGCACGUUGACCGAGGUUGACCGUUGACCGUUGACCGAAGGGGUCAAAAGUUGACUUUUUGACUCGGUGAGAAUUUUGAGUUGACUAAGGUACCGUGGCGAAGUGCACGAUGCCAUGAGUUCGUAGACUGGUAGCACGUCGAAAACGGAGCUACGGUUUGAAAGUUAUGGACGAAACAAGUUGCGGUCCAAAUUGUCCAAGGGGUGCCGGAGUUGACUUUUUAUUCAUGCAAGGUUGAGCGUUGACUCAUGCAUGGUUGUGAAGUGCUCAUCGAUACGAGUCUGUAGACUAGCGGUACGUCCGAUUUGGACAUGUGGUUUGAAAGUUAUGGAUCUGUAAAGUUUUUCAAAUACCGUAUUAUUUUAAUAUUAUUUUUACACACAUAACGAUGUGGCACGUGUGACUCAAUGAAGGUGGCCAUGUGUCACCAUGAUGAAAAGCCACAUGUCAACCAUGUUUAAAAAUCAAAUUAUUUUUAUUAUUAUUUUAAAUAAUAAUAUUUUUUUUUAUUUAAUUAUUAUUAUUUUUCCUUUUUCCUUUUUCUUUUUCUUUUCCUUUUUCUUUUCUUUUUCUUUUUCUUUUUCUUUUCUUUUCCCCACGUGGGAAAACACCAAUCCUUUCUUUUUCUUUUUCUUUUUCUUUUUUUUUCUUUUUUCCUUCUUCUUCCCCGAAAUACACACACACACACGCAGCUUUUCUUUCUUCUCUCCCGACCGUCCCUCUCUCUCCCGUGUUUUUGAAUUCCGGCCACCCAUAGCCCUCACGCGCCAGCCACCAAGGAAGCCCGCCACCUCGCGAGCUUGGCCGCCAAGUUUCACGGCCAGCCGCCGCCGGACGCGCGCCGAUCGGGCCGGAGAAGCCGCCGGCCGGCCAAGUUUCUCUCUCCUCUUUUCUUGUGUUUUCCGGCCAGCCCACUCCCAAUUGAGCCUCCUAUCCCCCUAUUUUGGGUCCUCUGAAUCCAAAAAUGGCCUCCAAUCUCAAAAAUUCGAAGCGGUUUGCGAGAUAUGGAGAAGUGAACACCGGCCGAACCUUUCCGGCCAAAUUCCGGCCACCCCCGGCGGAAUUGGGGUCGACGGAGACCGGAUUGGUGAUCCUCGUUCCACGAGCUUCGAUUCGGAGCACUGGUGAGUCGUAGAAUUGAUCCCGUAGUGGAUCAUGGGUUAAUUGCGUGCUCCAGGUUCCAGGUUGUCGGUGUUCAUUCGGAUCGGACUUGAUCUUCCUCGCUGUUUUACUUCGUGAAGUACCCUGUUCUUCUUUAUUGCGGUUGUACUAUUUCUUUCAUUCUUGUUGUAUUUAUUUUGCACUGGAUUACUGUAUUUUUGUUUUGAAGUGCUGGAAUUUGUGGAACCAAUUUGUAGUUUGUGGGAGGAAUAAGGGGAUAUUUUUGAAGUGUGUUUUCAGUGCAGGUAAAUUUGUGGUAAGUAAAUCCCUUAGGGGAGGUGCUGCCGGAUUUUCCGUUGGAAGGUUCGGUGGUAUUUUCCUGGGAUCAGGGCUGUCUAGGGUUCCGGAGGAGGAAUUCUGGACGGG